AUGUUCAGGAACCAGUAUGAUACGGACGUAACGACAUGGUCACCGGCGGGGCGGCUGUUCCAGGUGGAGUACGCCAUGGAGGCAGUGAAGCAGGGUUCGGCAGCGAUAGGUCUGAGAUCGAAGAGCCAUGUGGUUUUGGCUUGCGUAAAUAAGUCCAACUCCGAGCUCUCGUCCCAUCAGAAGAAAAUUUUUAAGGUUGACGAUCACAUCGGCGUCGCCAUUUCCGGCCUUACCGCCGAUGGGCGUGUGCUGUCGCGCUACAUGCGUAAUGAGUGUAUUAAUUACUUCUAUUCGUACGAGUCGCAGCUUCCCGUUGGUCGUCUUGUCGUUCAGCUUGCCGAUAAGGCCCAGGUUUGCACGCAACGCUCAUGGAAACGGCCUUAUGGUGUUGGCCUGCUGGUUGGUGGCUUAGACGAGUCUGGCGCUCAUCUAUAUUACAACUGUCCAAGUGGUAAUUACUUCGAAUAUCAAGCUUUUGCAAUUGGAUCUCGGUCACAGGCUGCAAAAACAUACCUAGAGCGCAAGUUCGAAACUUUUAUGGAGUCUUCGCGGGAAAAUUUGAUCAAGGACGCACUUUUUGCCUUGAGGGAGACAUUACAAGGAGAGAAACUAACAAGCUCCACAUGCACAAUAGCUGUAGUAGGAGUUGGAGAGGCAUUCCGUAUAUUGGAUCAAGAAACCGUGCAAGCGCUAAUCAAUGAAUUCGAGAUAGCAGGUGAAGAUGCCCCUGCAGACGAGGCUGCUGCUCCAGAUCCAGCUGCUGAUUCGGAAUCCGGUGCUACUGCUGCCGAUCAGGUAACCCCCUCUGACCCAGACGUCACUCCAAUGGACAUGUGA